UGAAUAAUUGUACCGAAUAAAAAAUAUAAAUCAAAAGAAAUUAAAUCAAAGACUAAUGAAGCAUAAAGUUAAUAAUCGAAUGAAGUAAAACAUUACCAAUUAUAACGAUAAAUGAUAAAGCCCAGAAUUAAAACGAUUAUAUUUUUCAUUUUAAAAUGAACAUAGAUAUAAUAUUCCUAUUGCGUUUGAAAUUACAGGUUAAAAUGUCGAAAGCAACUAAACGUAAACACGUUACCAAUGAAAUUCAGGAUUUGACCAUCCCUACCGAGACACAAUCGAUUGUUCGAAUAAUACAGUCGCGCGGUAAUAAUCUUCACGAAGUUGUUGAUCCAGCUGGAUCUCAAUAUCUUGUAUCGAUGCCAGUGAAGUUUAGAAGAAACAUCUGGAUAAAACGGGGAGAUUUUGUCUUGGUAGAACCAAUAUUAGAAGGGGAUAAAGUGAAGGCUGAGAUCGUUAAGAUAUUAACGCGAGAACAUAAAAGAUGGUAUCGACAACUAAACUGCUGGCCCAAAGAAUUCGAUGAAAUCUCCAAUUCGAAUCAAGAAAUAACCGAUGGAGAAAAUGAUAACGAAGAAGACGAUCUUUUUGUAAAUACAAAUAGAUUAUUGCAUAAUAGUAAUAGGAUAGAUAAGAUUAGUGAUACGAGUUCCGACGAAUCUGAUUCUUGUUAAUAUUUUUAUUUUGUUAUCGUAAAUAAUAAAAUUAUUUAUAUAUAAGAAAAUGAGAAUUUGUUCAUUGAACGACAUAAUAAAGAUUUUCUAAAGAUA